UGCUGCCGGAGUUUCAGCCAGGAAAAUCCCUUCUUGCAGGAGUUUGUCGGAGCCCUCUCCUCUGAUCUGCAAGCACCAUGGACCCCCAGCAGCCAGCCACGUGCUGCUGCGGGAGAGGAUUUUCGGCGGAGGGAGCAGAGAGGCAGUAAACUUCAGGAGAGGUCUCUCCUGUUGCAACAGGACUCAAAGAGGCACCACACCAUGGAAGUCACUAUCAGGAGGCACUUCCUGAGUUUUGCUGUUUUCCUGAUGCACUGUGUGGUCCACAGGGUGAGCUGUGAGAAGGGCAGCACUUCCCCUCUGCACUUCACCCACUUCUUCUACAAUGCCACCAUCUAUGAGAACUCAGCCCCCAAGACCUACGUGGAGAGCUACGUCAAAAUGGGUAUUUACAAGAGAGACCCUGAGUGGGACAUCAGGUACAGAAUAGCCUCUGGAGACAACACUGGUCUGUUUAAAACAGAGGAGCACGUGAUCGGGGAUUUCUGCUUCUUGAGAAUAAGAACCAGGAGCAGCAACACAGCACUUUUAAACCGUGAGGUCAAAGACAGUUACAUGCUAAUAAUCAAGGCCACAGAGAGCACCUUUGCCUAUGAAGCUUGGGCCAAAGUCUUGAUCCACAUUCUGGACAGAAAUGACUUGAAACCUCUCUUUUCACCCCCCUCCUACAAAGUGUCCGUCAGAGAAGACACUCCUCUAAAAACAGUGGUCAGCACACUCAGUGCCACUGAUGCUGAUGCUGGCCAGAAUGCUGAGUUCUACUACUCCCUAAAUACCAAGUCCAACCUAUUCACCGUCCACCCCACCACAGGGGCAGUUAUGAUCACAGGUAGGCUGAACAGCACCCAUCGAGGCAGGCACCACCUGCAGGUUUUGGCUGUGGACAGAAUGAGAAAGAUCAUGGAGGGGAAUGGCUUUGGGAACUUGGCCAGUCUCACGAUCCAGGUGGAGCCAUCUACCAGGAAACCGCCCUCUAUCUCUUCAGUGAAGGUGACAUCGCCUGACUCAGAUGACGACUUUGUCUAUGCAACUCUGUCUGUAGAAAGUGGUGACUCAGAAGCAGGGAUUGAUUCAGUUGACCUUGUGGAUGGAGAUCCAGGAAGACAUUUCAAAACCAUCAAAUCCUACGUUGGGAGCACUGAGUUCAUCAUUGUGUCAAACAAAGAGAUCAACUGGCUACUUUACCCGUUUGGUUUCAACCUCAGUCUGCAAGCCAAGGACAAGGGCAAGCCACCGCUGUUCUCUCCUGUUAGAGAGGUCCACAUACCUCCCUCCAAGUAUGUUUCUGCCAGGUUUGAGAAAGAAGUGUACCGGGUCCAGCUCAGUGAAUUUUCCCCAGCUGGAAGCCAAGUUGUUAUGGUGAAGGUCACACCAGUCUUCCCAAAUCUUAAAUAUAUUUUGAGACCCACUUCUGACAGCACAAGCUUUAAAAUCAAUCCUCACACCGGACUGAUAACUACAGUCAGAGCAAUGGACUUCCAUGAGCAGUCUCAUUUUGAACUUGAAGUUACAGCCAUUAACAGUCACACAUCCACGACUGUUGUCAUUGACAUCACUGACUGCAACAAUCACGCUCCAAGUUUUACUCAGUCUUCGUACCGCGGGGCCUUUGAUGAAAAUGUUCCUCCUGGUACCAGUGUCUUAACAGUAAGGGCUACAGAUGAAGAUGAAGGAGACAAUGGCUUUGUCACCUACAGCAUAGCCAACCAGAAAUCAGUUCCCUUUGUCAUUGACCCCUAUUCUGGCAUCAUUUCCACCUCCAAGUCGAUGGACUAUGAAUUGAUGCAGAGGUGGUAUCACCUGCGGGUGUGGGCAUCAGAUUGGGGCUCACCCUUCCGCCAUGAAACAGAAGUGUAUGUGUCCCUCAUGCUGAGCAAUGUCAAUGACAAUGCUCCUGUGUUUGAGAAGGCAGGCUGCAGUGGCACCAUCCCACGGGACUUUCCUGUUGGGAACCCUGUGGCCACGGUGUCUGCAAUCGACAGUGAUGAGCUGCAGCAUAUCAAAUAUGAAAUCAAGUCUGGCAACGAGUUACAGCAUUUUGAACUGAAUCCCGUCUCUGGAGUAAUAUCCCUUAGAAUAUCUCUGCGAGAUCUUCCUUCUGAACAGCCACUUUUCUACUCUUUGAAAAUAACUGCAACAGAUGGAGAGAACUAUGCUUUGCCAACAUCUGUAAACAUCACUGUGGUCGGCCAAGGUCUCCCUGUCAAAAUGCAGUGUGAGGAAACAGGAGUCUUGAAACAACUGACAGAAACUAUCAUACACUCCAUCGAGUCUCAGUCUCAAGGCCAUGGGCAGGAUGAUGAAACAUCUCUGAACUUGCACCUUAUAAACCAUAAUGCUCCUAAGUUUGAUGACAGCUUUCCACGAUCUAUCGAUAUCAUAGAGACCGUUCCCAUCAACUCAACUAUUGCUGACCUUUCAGCUAUUGAUCCUGACACUGGUUUUAAUGGAAAACUGGUCUAUGUGAUCUCAGAUGGAAAUGAUGACAGUUGCUUUACCAUUGACGUGGAACUGGGUCUCCUUCAAGUCCUUUCUCCUCUAGAUCAUGAACGAACCAGCUUCUACAUUCUUAACAUUACUGUGUACGACCUUGGUACACCACAAAAAUCAUCUUGGAAACUCUUGGCUGUGAAUGUGUUGGAUACCAAUGAUAACACUCCUAAAUUCCCACAAGGUGCCUACUGGGUGGCAAUACCAGAACAUGUAGCAACAGGGACAACAAUAGCUCAACUGAAAGCAGAAGAUGCUGAUACAGAUGACAAUGGGAGAGUAAAAUAUUCUCUCCUAACCCCCACUGACAAGUUUGCCAUUAACAGUGUCACUGGAGAAGUGAUGGUUACAGGUGCUCUGGAUAGAGAAUUGUGGCCCUCCUAUGUGCUGAAAAUAGAAGCAAGAGACCAGCCCAAAACAGGCUACCAGCUGUUCUCCAUUACAGACCUGGUUGUGACUCUGGAGGAUGUAAAUGACAACACCCCACAGUGCCUCCCAGCCCUCAACAGUGUGAUGGUCCCAGAGGAUCUACCCAUGGGAACCGUCCUCCUGUUCCUGGAGGCUUUUGACCCAGAUGCUGGUUCUGGGGGUGAAGUGAGGUACAGCCUCGUUAAUGAUGAGGACAUGAUGUUUCAUGUGGAUAAGCUGACCGGGGCACUCCGGUUGGAGAAGGAGCUGGACUAUGAGAAGAAGGACUCUUACAAUCUAACCGUGCAGGUCAGUGACGGCGGGAAGCCCUUCUCCCGCUCUUCCCUCUGCCACCUGGAAGUGAACAUCAUUGAUGUCAACGAGAACUUGCACCCACCACGCUUUGCCUCCUUUGUCUUCAAAGGCUGGGUGCAGGAGAACAGCCCUAAGGGCACAUCAGUGAUGAUGGUCACAGCCAAGGAUAUUGACAAGGGGAAGGAUGGAGAGGUUCAAUAUUUCCUCCGAGAAGGCACUGGCAUGUCCGUCUUCCGCAUUGAAAAGGACACAGGCACCAUACGGACCAUAGGAUCACUUGACCGAGAAGGAACAUCUCACUACUGGCUGACAGUGCUUGCUCUUGACCUGGGAACAAUUCCUCUCUCUUCCGUGACUGAAAUUUAUAUUGAAGUCACUGAUACCAAUGACAAUCCACCUCAGAUGUCCAGACCUGUCUUCUAUGCCUCUGUGAUGGAGAAUUCCCCACCAAACACAUCUGUCCUUCAGCUUGAUGCCUUCGAUCCAGACUCUAGCUCAGAGGGAAAACUGACUUUUCACAUCCUAACUGGAAAUCCUCAAGGACUUUUUGCCAUUAACCUCAUUACAGGUUUGAUUUCUACAACUUCACGGCAGCUGGAUCGAGAAUACAAGGCUGAACAUAUCCUAGAGGUGGCUGUUUCUGACAAUGGAGAGCCAGCCCUGAAGUCCACCAGCAGAGUCGUGAUACAAGUCCUGGAUGCCAACGACAGUCCUCCCAGUUUCCCCCACAAGCUCUUCAUGGUGCAGCUCCCUGAGAGAGAGGCCUCAGAGACACCAUUGCCAGUCUACAGGCUGAUUGCUUCGGACCGUGACCAGGGCCAGAACAGCCAGAUCACCUACACCAUCGAGGAGGAAGAGGAGGGGAUAUUCACCAUCAACCCCACAACCGGCACAGUCUUCUCCAGGAAAGCUUUUCCUGCCUCUGAAUACAACAUACUCACGGUCAAGGCAACAGACGGUGGCAGCCCCCCGCUCUCCUCCCACGUGCGACUUCACAUCAGCUGGGUCACCCGGCCCGGCCCUUCCUCCGAGCCACUGGCUUUUGAUGAACCCCAUUUUAACUUUGCCGUGAUGGAAACAGAUCCUGUAAACCAUAUGGUGGGAGUGAUCAGCAUUGAAAUGGGCCCCAGCCAAGUGUGGUUUAAUAUCACAGGUGGUGAUGAUGACAUGGAUUUUGACAUUGAAAAGAGUACAGGCAGCAUGGUCAUUGCAAGACCCCUUGAUGCAAGGAAGAAGUCAAGCUAUAACCUGACAGUAGAAGUCACUGAUGGGUCCAAUACGAUCAAAACCCAGGCAUUUAUCCACGUUAUUGACAUCAACCAGCACCGUCCCCAGUUCCUGGAGAGCCAUUAUGAUGUGAGGAUUCCUGAAGAUACCCCCUCAGGGAGAGAAAUCCUUCGAGUCAGUGCAACAGACAAGGAUAAAGGAAAGGGGCUCAUCUACACCAUCCAUGGCAGUGUGGACCCCAAAAGCUCAAGACUUUUCCAGUUGGAUCCAAACAGUGGAGCCCUCACAACAGCAGAAGGCUUCAGUUCCCAGCCCAUGCCUCAGCACACCCUCACAGUGAUGGUGCGAGACCAGGAGGUCCCCAUCAAGCGGAACUUUGUCCGAGUCAUCGUCCAUGUGGACAGCUGCAACCUCCACCCUCCGCAGUUCAGCAGCAUCCACUAUGAAGCAGAAGUACUGGACUCAGCAGUGGUGGGCACAGAGGUUAUACAAGUCAGAGCCCUUGAUCAGGACCAAGGAGCUAAUGCUGAAAUCCACUACUCCCUUCAGGCAGGUAAUGGGGAAGGCUUCUUUAGCAUCGACUCAUAUUCUGGAAUUAUUACAGUUGCCCAGAAACUGGAUCCAUCCAGACAGGAUCGAUUUACUCUUAUUGUAAAAGCAGAAGAUCGGGGGUUCCCUCAGCUUAAAGAUUCUGCUACGGUCCAUGUCCGCAUUAGACCCUCUGAUCGAACCCCUCCAAAAUUUCCAGAGGCCGAGUACAUCACAGAGAUCAGUGAAUCCACUGCUAUUGGCUCUCCUCUAAUCCAGGUUUCAGCCACAAGCUUGUCACCAGUCAGCUAUGAAAUAAAAGAUGGAAAUGGAGAUGGAGUGUUCUCCAUGAACUAUCAGUCAGGCCUUAUUUCCACUCAGAAGAGCUUAGAUUUUGAGCAGGUGUCUUUUUACCAGUUGAAGGUCCGUGGCACCAACAUGGCUGGAGCUUUUAUGGACACAGUGGUACUUAUCUAUGUCAUAGAUGAGAAUGACAAUGCACCCAUCUUCGUUAAGCCUUCCUUCGUUGGCUGGAUCAUGGAGAAUGCUCCAUCACAAAGCAUGGUUCUGGAUGAGAGCAAUGCUCCCCUCGUGACCUAUGCAACGGAUGCUGAUCAAGACUCCAAUGCUCUGCUGGUCUAUGAGAUUUUGGAACCAGAGGCACUGAAAUAUUUCACCGUAGAUCCCAGCACAGGGACGCUGACCAGUCGUGCUGAUAUAGACUAUGAGCUCACCCCAGUUUUCCACUUCAGUGUACAUGUGCACGACAGUGGAAGUCCCAGCUUAUUUGCAUCAAAACCCACCAAGGUCACAAUCCACGUUAAAGAUGUGAAUGAUUCACCUCCAGUCUUUUUGAAAGAUACUUAUGAUCUUUCUGUUUUGCUACCCGCCCACCCCGGGAUGGAGCUUUUGUCAGUGCAAGCAAAAGAUGCAGAUUCGGAGGUGAUCUACAGCAUUGUGGAAGGGAACCUUGAUAACGCUUUCUAUAUUCAUCCUCUCACAGGUCUCAUCUCCAUUCUUAACGCUACUGGCCUGAGGAGCUAUCAUGAGCUCAUGGUCAGAGCUGGUGAUGGCUUAUAUAAGAGUACUGCUCUGGUUAAGCUAAACUUAACUCAAGCACAAGGUACUGGCUUGAAAUUUGAUCAAGACGUAUAUACAGCAACUGUGAUGGAGAACUCCACAGAUGAGAAGAUUCUAGCUAUCCUUGGGGUCAAGGGAUAUCAGCUAAAUGAACCCCUUUCCUAUUCGCUCUUGAAUGGAAAGGAAAGAUUCAAGAUGAUCCAGGCCUCUGGAGUACUUCAGACCAAGGGUGUGAAAUUUGACCGCGAAAUGCAAGAUAUGCAUGAGGUGGCUGUGGAAGUGAAGGACAACAGGAAACCACCAAGAGUGUCCCAAGCCACAGUCAAGGUUUAUGUAGAGGAUGUCAAUGACAACCCACCACAGUUUGAGAAUGUGCCAUAUUACACCUCGGUGCAGGACGGCACGGAGCCAGGGGAUGUAGUUUUCCAAGUGUCAGCAACAGACAAAGACAUAGGGGAUAAUGGAGCUGUUACCUACUCAUUUGCAGAGGACUACAAAUACUUUCAGAUUGACCCUUACCUAGGAGACAUCUCCCUUAAGAAGCCUCUUGAUUAUCAAGCUUUAAAUAAAUAUAACCUCCGAGUCAUUGCUAAGGACAAAGGAGAGCCUCCCCUCCGUGCUGAAGAGGAGGUUGUGAUCAGUGUGAGGAACAAAUCCAACCCUCUGUUCCAAAGUUUGUACUACCGAGUGAAGGUGCCAGAAAACAUCCCCCCAUACACGUCUAUCCUCCACAUACAGGCUCGCAGCCCUGAAGGCUUGCGCCUCAUCUACAACAUUGUGGAAGAAGACUCCCUGAAACUCUUCAACACUGACUUCAAAACUGGUGUCCUGACUGUCACAGGCCAGCUGGACUACGAACUAGAGACAAAACACAUGUUCACUGUUAGAGCCACAGACACAGCACUGGGAUCCUUCUCAGAAGCCAGAGUGGAGGUGGAGGUAGAGGACAUUAAUGACAAUCCCCCGGUAUUUUCUCAAAUCGUCUACACAGCGUCUGUCUCGGAGAGUUUGCCAGCACAGACUCCUGUUGUCCAACUCCUUGCUUCUGAUAAGGAUUCUGGCAGAAACAAAGUGGUUUCCUAUCAGCUCGUGGAUGAUGGUUCAGAUUCUACCAAGUUCUUUAAUAUUGAUGCCAGCACAGGGCAAAUAGCAACAGCUCAAGCACUUGACUAUGAAACAAAUCAACAGUUCCGCCUGAAAGUAAGAGCUGCAGAUCAUGGAAUGCCUCCACUUAGUAGUGAUGCCCUGGUAAUUGUAGAUGUGACCGACAUCAAUGACAAUCCCCCUGAGUUCAGCCAGCUUCAGUAUGAAGCCAAGGUCAGUGAAAUGGCUACGUGUGGGCACAUCGUGAUCAAAGUCCAGGCCCUGGACCCCGACAGUGGAGACACCACCCGACUGGAAUACGUGAUACUCUCAGGCAAUGACAAUAGGCAUUUUGCCAUCAACAGCACUUCUGGAAUAAUAUCCAUGUUCAACCGCUGCAAAAAGGACUUGGAGCCGUCCUACAGUCUCAGAGUUUCUGCUUCGGAUGGAGUUUUCAAGAGCACUGUGCCUGUGUAUAUCAACACCACAAAUGCCAACAAAUACAGCCCCUCUUUUCGGCAGAACGUGUAUGAGGCAGAGCUGGCAGAAAAUGCUGAGAUAGGUACCAAAGUGAUUGAGUUGGUGGCUAUUGACCCAGAUGGUGGCCCAUAUGGCACCAUAGACUAUACCAUCAUAAAUAAACUUGCCCAUGAGAAGUUCUCCAUAGACAGUAAAGGCUGUAUUUCCACAUUGCAAAAGCUGGACAGGGAAAAUUCAACAGAAAGAGUCAUAGCCAUUAAAGUCAUGGCCAAGGAUGGGGGUGGGAAGGUGGCCUUCUGCACUGUAAAAAUAAUCCUUACAGAUGAGAAUGACAACCCACCUCUGUUCAAAGCCUCUGAAUACACACUGUCCAUCCAGUCCAAUGUAAGCAAAGGUUCCCCUGUCAUCCAAGUACUGGCUUACGAUGCUGAUGAAGGUGCAAAUGCAGAUGUCAUUUAUUCUGUUGACUCCGUUGAAGAUGUGGCAGAAGACCUUGUGGAGAUCAAUGCUGCCACUGGGGUUGUUAAGGUCAAGGAGAGCCUUAUUGGUUUAGAAAACAGAGCCUUUAACUUCAAGGUGAAAGCUGAAGAUGGCAGACCCCCUCACUGGAACUCCCUUGUCCCAGUGAAUCUCCAGAUUGUCCCCAGGGAGGUGACAUUGCCAAGGUUUUCUGAGCCCCUUUAUACAUUCUCUGCAUCUGAGGAUCUUCCAGAGGGAUCAGAAAUAGGGUCAGUCAAAGCUUUUGCAGAGGAUCCCAUUAUAUACAGCCUGGUGAAGGGAACCACUACAGAAAGUAACAAGGAUGAGGUGUUCACACUGGACGAACAAACAGGGGUUUUGAAAAUCAAAAAACCCAUGGAUCAUGAGACCACCAAGUGGUACCAGGUUGAUGUUAUGGCUCACUGCUCACAUCAGGAGACUGAGCUGGUCUCUCUGGUCUCUGUGAACAUCCAAGUGCAGGAUGUCAAUGACAACAGACCUGUCUUUGAAGCAGAUCCCUACAAAGCUUUUGUCAUGGAGAACAUGCCUUCCGGAACCACAGUCAUUCAAGUGACAGCUAACGACCAGGACAUGGGAAGUGAUGGGCAGGUGACCUACAGUCUGGAAGCAGAAUCUGGCAACCUCCGUGGACUCUUCACCAUUGAUGGUGAGAGUGGGUGGAUCACCACACUGAAAGAGCUGGACUGCGAGGAGCAGGAGAUCUACCGCUUUUAUGUGGUGGCCACUGACCACGGCAGGAAAGUCCAGCUCUCUUCCCAAACCCUGGUGGAGGUCACUGUCUCAGAUGAAAAUGAUAAUGCUCCGCAGUUCACCUCAGAUUUCUACAAGGGGUCGGUGAUUGAGAACGCGGAGCCGGGGCAGGUGGUGGUCACACUGAGCACCAUCGACGCAGACAUCUCUGAGCAGAACCGGCGCGUCACGUGCUACAUAACCGAAGGAGACGUACUGGGACAGUUCACAGUUAAUGAAAUUGAGGGCGAAUGGACAAUUUCUUCCAAGAAGCCUCUGGACAGAGAAGAUACAGAGAAAUAUCUCCUCAAGGUUAUGGCCUCUGAUGGGAAAUUCCAGGCUACCACUGAAGUGGAAAUUUUUGUUCUGGAUAUCAAUGACAACAGCCCUGAGUGUGGCCAGAUACUCUACACUGGGAGAGUCUCUGAAGAUUCUGGGCCAGGUCUUUUCAUUUUGAAAAUAUCAGCAACCGACCCCGACGUUGGCAGCAAUGCCCAGAUAACCUACAGCCUCCACGGCCCCGGCGCGGAGGAGUUCCGGCUGGGACCACACACAGGGGAGCUGACCACAUCUGCACCCCUGGACCGCGAACAGAAACCCACGUACCACCUCGUUGCGAAAGCCACUGACGGCGGGGGCCGUUCCUGCCAGGCAGAUGUAACACUAAUUGUGGAGGACACAAAUGACAAUGCACCAAGAUUCUUCCCCAGUCACUGCGCCGUGGCCGUUUUCGAUAACACCACAACAAAGACACCCAUCGCUGUGGUCGCUGCCAGGGACCUUGAUGAAGGUCUCAACGCUGAGGUGGUCUAUUCUCUGUCUGACUCUGCCAAUGGACACUUUUCAAUUGAGGAAACCACAGGGGUGAUCCGUCUGGAAAAGCCUCUGAAGGAUUCUCAGCACUCAGCAUUUGAGCUGACUGUCUGUGCUACUGACCGGGGCACCCCACAGCCCCUCUCUGCUCUUGGCACUGUCACUGUCUCUGUUGUGGAUCUAAACGAGUACCUGCCUGUUUUCCUGGCCCCUGAAUAUGUGGCCAUGGUAAAAGAAGACGUGGCUGUGGGUACAGAGGUCCUCAACUUGUCAGCCUUGACAAGGGACAAUGCAGAAAACACAGAGAUCAAGUAUGAAAUUGUGAAUGGCAACGACCACGGGAAAUUUCAGCUCAACUCAAACACAGGUGCCUUAUACAUAAACGGGAGCCUGGACUUUGAAGCGAGUCACGAGUAUUACCUGUCUAUUGAGGGCACAAGGAAGGGCUCAGCCUCUCUCAGCGAUGUGACCAUGGUGGUGAUCAACAUAACUGACAUCAAUGACCAUGCACCAGAGUUCAUCCAAGACCCUUACUUCACUGAUAUCCGGGAGGACGCUGCAGUUGGAGAAGUCAUCCUCACGGUGUCAGCUGAUGACUUGGAUGGAGCAAUGAACAAUCAGAUCACAUAUUCCAUCGUGGAAGGGAACCCACUGGGACACUUUGCCAUUCAGCCCAGAAGUGGGCAGAUCAGCAUUGCCAAGCAUCUGGACAGGGAGGAGAUCCCCAGUUAUUCCUUGACAGUUCGAGCCACGGACAACGGCCACCCGCCUCAGUUCAGUGACGUCCCUGUGCAUGUCCAUGUGUCUGAUGUCAAUGACAACCCUCCUCGGUUCUUCCAGCUCAACUACAGUGUGGUGGUGCAGGAGAAUGCUCCCGUGGGUACAAGCGUCCUGGAGCUGAUUAUGAGCGACAGGGAUUCCCCAGAAAAUGGACCACCGUACUCAUUCCAGAUUACCCAGGGCAACGAUGGGAAGGCCUUUGAUGUCACCCAGAAUGGUCUGCUGGUGACAUCGUCUGUCCUGAAUAGAAGAAUGAAAGAACAGUACCUACUGCAAGUCCAGGUCUCUGACAGUGGUAUCCCUCCUCUGUCCUCAUCUGCAUUUAUAAACAUCCAAGUGACUGAGCAGAGCCAAUAUGCCCCCUCAGCCCUUCCCCUGGAAAUAUUCAUCACCACCAACGAGGAAGCCUUCAGAGGGGGCGUUCUGGGGAAGAUCCACGCCACGGACCGAGACCCCCAUGAUACGCUGCUGUACACUUUGGUGGCAGAAGUGCCCAAGGAAGGGCUCUUCUCUGUCGGGGCUGCCGAUGGGAAGAUCAUUGCUGGGGACAAGCUUCCCCACGGCCACUACCUUCUGAACGUGACAGUCAGCGAUGGGACGUUCACAGCCACCACCAGCGUCAACGUCCACGUGUGGUGCUUCACGCAGGAGGCCUUGGACAAGGCAGUGGUGCUGCACUUCCGACACCUCUCCCCCGAGGAGUUUGUGGGGGACCACUGGCGCAACUUGCAGAGAUUUUUGGGGAACAUCCUUGUCACCCGGCGCCAAAACAUCCACAUGGCCAGCUUACAGCCUGCAGCUGCCUCUGAUGGAGUGGACCUGCUCUUGGCUGUCGGGGAGCCACACGGCUCCCUGUACGAGCCCCGGGUCCUGGCGAAUAAGCUCACUGUGUCAGCGGGGGAGAUGGACCAGCUCGUCGGUCUCCGGAUGAAGAAGGCGAUUCAUGUGCCGUGUCAUGGGUCAGACUGUGCCCACCGUGUGUGCAAGGAGACAAUUCAGCUGGAUCCAGGCAUGAUGUCUACUUACAGCACCGCCCGACUCAGCGUCCUGACCCCCCGCCACAGCCUGGAGCAGAUCUGUUCUUGCAACGGAACAGCUGUGAGGUUUGGGGGUCACAGCUACAUUUGGUACCAGCACUCCCAGGUCGGCUCCUGGCACAUACACUUUCGCCUGAAGACCCACCAGCGUCAUGCGGUCGUGUUCUCUGCCAACGGGACGGACCACGCCACUUUGGAGAUGGUUAACGGGGUGCCUCACCUUGGGUACAGCUGCCGGGGGAACUCCACCGGGAACCUCUCCUCCUCCCGCUUUGUGAGCGACGGCGAGUGGCACUCGGUCUUCCUGGAGGUGAAGAACGUGUCCGUCCGCCUGCUCAUCGAUGGCCUGGGAAAUGCCUCUCUCCAGCUGCCAGGGACCUGUAGUGUCUCCCAGGGCAGACGGGACCUGAUUUUUGGGGGCCUCCGGCAGUCACUGCAUUCCCAGAGAGUCACACGGGGGUUCAGGGGCUGCCUGGAUGUGGUUGCCAUCAACGGCAGAGAAGUGGUUCUCCUGCCUGGGAAAGGGCAGUCAAAAGAAAUCAUGGAGCAGGUGGGGAUAAAGCAGUGUUGCUCCCCCACUGGUGCCUGCAGCAGCAACCCAUGCCUCAACAACGGGAUGUGCUCCGAAACUCACGGAGGAGGUUACACCUGCAUUUGCCCCGGGCUGUUCUCUGGUGAGCGCUGCGAGCUUGGGGACAGUCCCUGCGAGUCCAAGCCCUGCCUGCACGGCGGGACCUGCACCCUCUCCGCCACCGGCUACUCCUGCCACUGCCCUGACUGGUCCGUGGGUGAGAGGUGCGAGAAGCUGGCCGAGGAGUGCCAAGACAACCCAUGCCGCAACUCCGGGCGCUGCGUGAGCAGCCAGGGCUCUGUCCACUGCAUCUGCCCCUCCGAUUACCAAGGGGACUACUGCACCCAGCCCAUCAUCACCCCCGCCAUCGUGCCCACGCAGUGGGCGGUGGGCCCCGAGGAGAUCGCGGAGAUCGUGGCGGGUGUGGUGGGGGCGGCCAUCCUGGUCGUGGCCUUCGUGCUCAUCCGCAAGCGCUACCGGCACCGCGCCAAGGCUCACAAGCCCGUGGCCAGGGAGGACCCCGACCUGCUCUCCAAGAGCGAGUUCUCCAAGAGCGUGGGCGUGGGCACCCAGGCCGUGCCACCCAUCGAGCUCAACAUCCUCAGCGACGCAGCGCACAACAACCUGGACCGGGCCACGCCGGAGCAGCGCAAACCCACCGGCACCCCCGAAUUCGUCACCUUCAACUCUGCCAACGUCCCCAAGCACCGGGGCACCAUCGUGUGCAGUGUGGCUCCCAACCUGCCCCCUGCUGCACCCCCCUCCAACUCCGACAACGAGUCCUUCAUCAAGUGCACCUGGGCCAGGGAGGAGAUGGUCUACCCAGCAGAAACAACCUACUGGCCACCCCGGUACCUGUCGUCAGAUGUCCAGGAAUAUUCCCACUACGAGAUCAUUCAAGGCCCCCCUGCGUCCUCCUCCCACCCUCCUCUCCCUCCACCACCCCCUCCACCAGCAGACACGGAGCCGGUCGCCCUUUACGGGGGCUUUCCCUUCCCACUGGACCAGAGCAACAAGCGAGCACCCAUCCCGCCCCGCUACAGCAACCAGAACCUGGAGGACUUCCUGCCACUCGGCCCUGUGGACAUGGGAGCUUCCCAGUGCCAGAAUGAGUACACGGCCAUCAGCUACUACCCAGCCCAGCUGGUGCAGGGCGAGGGUGUCCCGUACCAGCCCGACCCGGGCUACAAGCGGGUGAGCAUGCGGCUGAGCGUGGCCCAGCCCUCCUAUGCGGACUGCGAGGUGGGCCACCAGCCCAGCAUCCGAGCCCAGCCCCUGCCACCCCCCAACUACGAGGGCUCUGACAUGGUGGAGAGCGACUACGGGAGCUGCGAGGAGGUGAUGUUUUAACGGGGGCUCGCUCUUGAGAUGGGAAGAGAAGCACAUCUCCACGCAGAACAGUGUGCAGGGGGCUGGCACGUGCUGCUGAAGGGAGGCUCCUGUGUGUCCCCCACAGCUUGCAGCAUCUCCCCCUGCAUGGCUGGGUUGUAAUUUGGCUGGAUCUUUCCCCUCACUGCCCUCCACAGUGCUCCUGCUGGAAAUGGAGGGGAAAUGCUCCAGCCACUGCUGGGACACGGAGGAUGCUCCUGGGAUGCCAGUGACUAACCUGCCUCUUUACCAAGGGGACUUCCUUUGACAUCAUGUAGGGCCACAGCAUGCCACCUCCUCCCUCCCUGGCCACAGGGAGGAUGAGGAGCAGAGCAAGCACUGUGGGUAUGGCAGCAGUCGUGGUGGAGAAGGUAUGAAAGGACUAGUGAUGCACAGCCUGGCAGUGCCCCACGUGGGGUAGCAGAGGCCCCCUGCCCCCAGCUCUGACUUCAAGGGCUUGCAUCAAGCCAACAGUUUGCCCAGUGGAAUGGAUCAGCUGGUGCAAACCCUCUUCCAUGUCUGCUCCCUGAUACUGGGAGAGAGAUGAGGGAAUGCAGCUGGUCCCUUCAGCACAUCCCUCACUUGGCCAAGAGAAGUCCAAGGGGAAAAAAAAAAGAAAAAGAAAAAAAAGAGUCCAUUUCUGUGGAAAACCAAGCAACAAGGUUUGUCACACCAGGAACCACCCACAGACUCGAACCAGUCUGCCCAGUCAGGCUGUGCUCACACAACUGAGGGAGACCCUGCCCCAAGGACUGUGUGCACAGCUGUGCCCCCGUGGCUGUCACGGUCCCACGCUGAACACAGCAGGACACGGUCCUGCCCCCCAGCUGGGGCUCCCUGGUGCAUCCCAGAAAGACUGGCCAGCACCACCUGGAGACAGGGCACCGAGGCCACUGAGCGUGGGUUUGCCUGUUUGUCCUUGUGCUUGGAAAUGUAUCGUUUCUUCGUGAGAGGUUUUCUUUGGUUGGUUGUUUGAUGUAACUUUUUUUGUUGUCGAAUUUUU